AAGGCCCAUAAUCAUAUCCUCGUCCACCGUACUUCCAUUCACUCUCUCAAUUCUCAAACCUUCCCCUUCCCCUUCCCCUUCCCCUUUCUCCUGCCAGCUAAACCCAACCACCACCAUUAGCCACAAUCUUGCCGGCUUCAGGCAUCUCCAACUACGGUGUUUCUUUUGAAAGUAAAAUGGAUGCUGCACUAUCCGGGGAACUAUACAUUCCAGAAGAUAUCCUGCAUCUUUUGUUGAAGGCUUCAAAUUCAUCUACAUUGAAUGAAGCCCUGCAAAGUCUUAUAGGAGUUUCAAGAACUGAGAAUGGCCGAUCAGAUCUUGCAUCGAAGCAUAUACUCCCAACUGUACUCCAGUUAGUACGGUCACUCUGUCAUCCACCGGCGCAUCAUUUUCUCUUAUUGGCUCUUAGACUCCUAAGAAACCUUUGUGCAGGAGAGCAAGUGAACCAGGACUUGUUCAUUGAGCAUAAUGGCAUUAAAGUCAUUUCAAAUGCAAUCAAUGCCACGGGGUUUGAUGAUGAUGAUCGGGUUUGUGGACUUAUACGUGCAGCCUUACAGGUAGUAGCAAAUGUUUCACUGGCCGGGGAGAAGCAUCAGUUUGCGAUAUGGUGCCAAUUUUUCCCUGAUUUGUUUCUCAAAAUUGCAAGAAUUCGCAAGAGGGAAACUUGUGAUCCUUUGUGUAUGAUUAUUUACACUUGCAGCGAUGGAGCCAUUGAAAAGUUCUCUGAACUUUGUAGCAAUUCAGGAAUGCCUAUCAUGGCAGAAAUCAUUCAGACAGCUUCACAAGUUGGUUACGGAGAAGAUUGGGUAAAGAUAAUUCUUUCAAGAAUUUGUUUGGAGGAAUCUCAUUUCCCUGCAUUAUUCAUGAAUCUAGACGAUGCUGAAAGUAAAGAUGCAGGGGUAAAUUUUACUACGGAGCAAGCUUUCCUUUUACGCAUCCUCUCAGAAAUCUUGAAUGAGCGACUCAAGGAGAUUCAUAUUGGUUCCGAGUUUGCUGUAUUUGUUCUUGGCAUAUUAGAAAAUGCGGUAAAAGCUGUUGACUUUUACAACAGGGGAAAGUCUAUUUUACCCUCAGGCAUUUCUUCCAUUGAUGUCCUCGGAUAUUCACUCAACAUCUUGAGAGAUGUAUGUGCACAAGGGAGUUCCACAGUUGCUGAUAAUACUAAAGAGGUUCAAGAGGAUGCAGUGGAUUCCUUGGUAUCGAGGGGCCUAUUGGACUUGCUCAUAUCUCUCCUCCGUGAACUUGAGCUACCAUCAUCAAUUAGGAAAUCCAUGAAACCAGGUGAGGAUCAAGGUCUUUCUUCUCAGUCACCAAAGGUAUGUCCAUACAAGGGGUUUCGAAGAGACAUUGUUGCAGUUGUUGCAAAUUGCUCUUAUGGAAGGAAGUAUGUACAAGAUGAAGUGAGAGAAAAAGAUGGGAUUAUUCUUCUAUUGCAGCAAUGUGUUCUUGAUGAAGAUAACUCUUUCUUAAGGGAAUGGGGCAUCUGGUGUGCAAGCAAUUUACUACAAGGAAAUGCUGAUAAUCAGAGGAUGGUGGCUGAUUUGGAGAUGCAAGGGACUGUGGAGGUUCCUGAACUAGCUAAGAUUGGACUACGAGUGGAAAUUGACCCAAAUACUAAACAUGCUAAACUUGUAAAUAUUCCCUGAGCUUAGCUACUUGUUGCUAUUUGUGUAUCUACCAAUUUUCAAUUUUCAAUUUUCAAUUUUGGUCACAUUGGAGUACUAGAUUUCAUCGAAAACUUGAUCAUCUUCAAUUAGCAUGCAAACUAUUAAGAUUGAUCUUGUUGGAUUUGCUGAAUGUUUAAAUAGAAUUCAAAACUAUUAUUGCAAUUUACAAAAUAUU